AAGUUCUAUGUUGAAACUCCUCUCGGACAUUCUUAAAAAAUAAAAUAAAAUAAAAAAGUGAUAAUUUAACUCUAAUGUUUGAUGGUCACUGAAAUGUUCAAGAGAAAGCUUCUCUGACUCUUCGUCUCUCACUAAGAAAAGCCAAAGGUAAAGACAUGGAUGGGAGGAGUGUCAGGAAAAGUUUCCUAAAAAGGACAUCAUAGGGCGGGCUCCUGACGCUCACCAAUGGCAAUUCCUCACGUAAUCUUGGACGUAGUUCAUCUAUAAAGCAUUUCUGGUGGCCGAAUCCUGCAGUUCAGUUUGUGAGAGCUUUGCUGUUACAUCUUCCGACUCAAACCAAACCUACAUCGAUCGCUGUAUUUCCGAAGGAGAUCUCAAUAGCUGGACGACUGCGGAGAAUUCUCAGUGAGAACCCGACUAUGCAAGCCCAAAGUCAAGUGGCUCCUAGAAGACCUGCCCUUCAAAAGGACCCCAUGACGGUGAUGGUACUGAAGGCAACAGACCCAAUUGAAUAUGGAUCCCCAGGACAGAGAAAAACAAAAGUGUUUCUUGCUACAGUGGCUACUUCCAAUCAAGUGUUCCAAGUGAAGGUUUUAAACUUCAAGCUGAAGAAGGCAUUCAAAGAAAAGAAUGUCAUUAUUCUGUCACAAUACAUUCGAUACAAAAAUGUCCUGGAGAUAAAUCAAAGGUCAAGUGUGCUAAAAGCUCCUGAAAACCAGACGAUUGAGGUCCCAGAAAGGAUCUGGAUAAGAGCACAAAACCCUCCCAAGAUUAUAGCUCUUCGCCAGGAAAAUUCAGAUAAUCUUCCAACAAUAGUGUCUGGAUUGUUUCGCUUAAAAAAGAAAAAAGAUAGAAAGAAGACGACAGCCUAUGUAAUAGAAGAUGAUACAGGAACGAUGGAGGUCGUGGGGAGUGAAAUAUGCUACGGCAUCAGGUGUGAGGAAGGAGACAUACUUCGACUCUUCUGCUUUUAUCUGAAAAAAAUCAAGGAAGACCUGAAACUGAUAAGUGGAAAGUACAGCGUCCUUGAGGUCUUCAAUACGAACAACCAAGAACAACCAAGCAGUCUUACCAUAAAGCUGCAAUUUGAAAUGAAUUCCCCUCAGAAGCCAAGAGGCAUUAACUGUACUAUUAAAAUGGAGAAUACCGCUGAAGAAUAGUUUCAGUAGAAGUCGUCCAGCACAUGGAGAGCUUCUGCUCUCUGCAUUAUAGAUUUCAUCGCUUCUUUUAAAAUAAAAUUACUUGUGGGGAUGA